GCCUCUUGGGUCUUCUCCAAUUUUCUACGAAAGAACCAUUUUUUCUUCCCUCAAAUUCCUACCAAAGAGGGAAUCUCAAACCCAUAUGAAAAAGACACAUUUCUUCGCAGAGGUGAUGUUUUAUUGAGAUUGUUAGAGAGAUAAAAGAGAAGAAAUUGAAUAAUUUCAGCUCUUUCUCUGCAUCUGGUGUUGAUUUUGGAAGGAAAGGUGGGUUUUUGGAUCUGAAAGGUGGCUCAUUUGGCUGGAUUGACUUGGAUCUUGAAAUGGGUUUUGCUUUAAUUUAGCUUUGGAUUGGAUUAGAGAGAUAGCAAGAAGAGCGAAAAAAUGAGUUGGAAGGGUAAAGGGUUUGAGCCAGCUCCAAAGGGUGUUGUGUCAAGGAAAUGGACUCUUCUGCUUUGUAUUGGGUGCUUCUGUGCCGGGAUGCUCUUCUCUGAUAGAAUGUGGGUAGAGCCUGAAGUUCAAGGGAUAUCACAGGAAGCAGGGAUAAGAGAUGAAAAUCUAAGGCUAAUUACAGAGGGUUGUGAUCCUUUAAGAAAGGCUGUGAAGCGCGAAUCGAAGGACAUUAUAGGGGAAGUUUCAAAGACUCAUCAUGCCAUACAAACACUGGAUAAGACAAUUUCAAAUUUGGAGAUGGAGUUAGCUGCUGCAAGGGCAGCACACGAAUCCAUAAUUAAUGGAUCUCCCGUUUCAGAUGACAUAAAAAUCCCUGAAUCAACCCAGAAAAGAAAAUAUUUGAUGGUAGUAGGAAUUAACACUGCUUUUAGUAGCCGCAAGCGAAGAGAUUCAGUUCGUGCUACUUGGAUGCCUCAAGGUGAAAAAAGAAAGAAGCUUGAGGAAGAGAAGGGCAUCAUAAUGCGCUUUGUAAUUGGUCACAGUGCCACCUCGGGGGGCAUCCUUGAUAAGGCUAUUGAAGCAGAGGACAGAAAGCAUGGUGACUUUCUCAGGCUGGAGCAUGUUGAGGGUUACCUUGAAUUGUCAGCCAAGACAAAGAUAUACUUUGCCACUGCUGUUGCUUUGUGGGAUGCAGAUUUCUAUGUCAAAGUUGAUGAUGAUGUGCAUGUAAAUAUAGCAACACUUGGAGCAACUUUGGCUAGACAUCGGGCCAAGCCUAGGCUCUAUAUUGGUUGUAUGAAAUCUGGUCCAGUUCUUGCUCAAAAAGGAGUGAGAUACCAUGAACCUGAGUAUUGGAAAUUUGGUGAGGAGGGAAACAAGUAUUUCCGUCAUGCUACAGGACAGUUAUAUGCUAUAUCUAAAGAUUUGGCUUCUUACAUAUCAAUUAACCAGCAUGUGUUGCACAAGUAUGCCAAUGAAGACGUUUCACUGGGAUCAUGGUUUAUUGGAUUGGAUGCAGAGCAUAUAGAUGAUCGCAGACUCUGCUGUGGUACUGCGGAUUGUGAGUGGAAGGCUCAGGCAGGCAAUGUCUGUGUUGCCUCAUUUGAUUGGACCUGCAGUGGGAUCUGCAAAUCAGUUGAGAGGAUGAAGGAUGUUCACCGGAGGUGUGGAGAAGGUGAAAAGUCGCUAUGGAGUGCAGCUUUCUGAAAAACCCUACUUCUUCCAAACUCAGGAAGAAGCAUAUUGAUUUCUGGAGCUGUCCAAGGGACGUUUGUAUACGGAAAAUGUAUGUAAUGUCAUAGAAACAGGAGGGAGGAAAGGGUCCAUGCUGCUUUAGUUUCUUCUCCAUUUUGUAGGAGGAAGAGACCCCCCAAUAGCAGUAAUGAGAGAGAGGAAAGUGUUUGUAAUUAGUCAUUCUUUAAUUGAUUCCUGUGAGGUAUUUUGUAUGUCAACUCCAUAAUUAAGUACCAAUAUUUAUGCUAAUAUUUUCUUCAAACAAAAGUAAUCGAAUUAA